AUGGGCGAGGGCCGCGCCGGUGGCACGUGGGACUCGGCCAAUGAGCGCUGGGGGGGCGGUGGCGGGGCUGGUGCGGCUAAGAUGGAGUCGGUGGCGCUGGUGGCGCCGGUGACAGCGCUGGAGUUCGCGGGGGAUGUGCUGCUGGCGGCGGCGGCGGGCCGGCGGCGGCGGCGGGCCGGCGGAGCGUGCUGCGGAACGUGGUGGUGUGGCGGGCGGCGGCGGCGGCGGCCCCGCAGCGUCAGCUGUGCGGGCACCGGGGCGCGGUGCUGGCGCUCUGCUACUCGGCGUCGCGGGGGCUGCUCGCCUCCGCCUCCGAAGACCGCAGCGUGCGGCUGUGGGCCGUGGGCGAGCUGGGCGGCGGGGCCGGGGCCGGCGCCUGCCUGCUGGUGUGCUACGGGCACGGGGCGCGAGUGGCCGCCGUGGUGCUGCGGGGGCCGCUCCCGGUCAGCGCCGGCGAGGACGGUCGAGGUGGCUCAGGGACGCUGGACGCCGGUGCUGCACCCCGCCGCCACCGGGCCCCGCGCCGUGCUGGCGGCCGCCCCGCUGCGCGGAUGGGACGAGACGCUCUGCGCCGUGGCCGGCGGCGACGGGCGCCUCCUCCUGUUCGCCUUGAGCCGCCCCGGGGCCGCCGCCAAGCUCACGCUGUUCGAGGGGGCCGUGCACGGGCUGAGUUGGGCCCCCUGUCCCGGGCUGCCCCCCGAUACCGCUGCUGCUCUUCUGGCCUCCGGUCCCGACGGGGAGAUGCUCUGGCUGGACGUCACCCACCGCCCCGGGCAGGCACCGUGGGUGCGGCUCAUGGGUCGGUACCUGCUGCCCCCCUGCAAGCAGCGCUGGCACACCUGUGCCACCUUCUUGCCCCAGGAAAGGCUCCUGGUCUGUGGGGACCGCCGGGGUUCCCUCCUCCUCUUUCCUUGCAGCAGCUCCUCGGGGUGGGCUGCAGAAGGCACCAGCAUUGUCAAUGGUAGCACUGACCCCGUUGUUGAGGACUCCAGCAAUGAGCUGGAGCUCUCUUGCUUGUUGCACAAAGAGGCUCUUCCUCUUGAGUCCCCACUGUCAGUGCUCUUUGGGCUCCACGGGAAGACAGGAGUUACCUCGGUGACCAUCCACAGGGGCUCCAUUUACAGCACGGGCCGGGAUGGUGUCUACCGCCAGCUCCGCCUGCAGGGCCAGCAGCUGGAGGUCCUGCAGAAGCACAGGCCCUGCAAAGGGCUGCAAUGGAUUGAGGAGCUGCGCUUCACCUUGGAUGGGGACCUGCUUGUGCUGGGCUUUCACGCUGACAACUUUGUGGUGUGGAGCAGCAGGACCGGCGAGAAUAUCCACUGCAUCCCCUGCGGGGGCGGGCACCGCUCCUGGAGCUACUGCAGCAGCCCUUUGGCCGAGGUGUUUGCCUUCAUCAAGUCUGGGGAUGUGAUGCUGUACCACCGUGAGGCCGAGCCCUGCGAGCAGCAAGUGCUGCUGGCAUCCCUGCACGGGCGGGAGAUCACCUGCGUGCGGCGCCUGGGGGCCCUGGAGGUGCCCGGCUGUGCCACUGUGAAUGUGUUUGUCACCGGCAGUGAGGACACCACGACCUGUGUCCUGGUGCUCAGUGAGAGCUCUCGGGCAGCUGUGCCCCUUGCCCGCCUCAGUGACCACAUUUCCAGUGUGAGGACGCUGGCAUUCGCCAUGGGACCUGGAGAUGAGGGCUUUGGUGACGAGGGCUUGUCUGCCCUGCUCUUCUCUGCGGGCGGCCGCGCACAGAUUGAGUGCUACCGGCUGCUGUGCACUGGGGACACAGCGGCUCAGAGUGCUGUGGCCUGCCAGGUCAUCCAUGUGGCCUCCCACCGGCUGGACAAGCACUGGGAGAAGAAGAAGAACAGGCACAAGCUUGUCAAGAUGGACCCAGAGACAAGGUACAUGUCCCUGUCAGUUGUGCCUGGGACGAGCACCAAGCAGCUGCCAACACCCUGGAAAUUCCUGGCUGCUGCCUGCAGUGAUGGAUCAGUCCGGAUCUUUGGGCUGCUGGAGGCUGCUCGGAAGCUGGUGCUGGUGGCAGAGUCAUUUCACCACCAGCGCUGUGUGCUGAAGGUGGAAGCAUUCCUGCACACGUGGGCAGGAGGGGAGAGGAGGCACCUCCUGUGCAGUGCAGCCACUGAUGGCAGCAUUGCCUUCUGGGACAUCACCGGCCCCGUCAUGGAUGCGGCAGAUGCCCUGCACCAGGCAGAGGGAGAGAUGCAGCCCCUGGCCCUGGACGCCCCCCUGGUCACCGUCAUGGCCCACAGCUGCGGCGUGAACAGCCUGCACAUCCGCGAGACACCCGAGGGACGGCACCUGGUGGCCAGUGGCAGCGAUGACGGCUCCAUCCAUGUCUGCCUGCUGGAGGUAGCCCUGGCCAGGGGUGAGGCCACGGCAGGGACCUGCCUGCAGGUGCUGGAGCGGGUGUCCAGGCCCUGUGCCCAUGCUGCCCACGUGACGGGGAUCCGGGUGCUGCGGCCAGACCUGCUGCUCUCUGCCUCAGUGGACCAGCGCCUGACGCUGUGGAGGCGGUGCCAGGGCGAGCUGCUGCCCCUCAGCACCACCUUCUUCCACGUGCCUGACCUAGCCGAGCUGGACUGCUGGGAGGUGGUGGAGGCUGGGGGCGAGCUGCGGUACUACUGCGUGCUCUGUGGGCAGGGCCUGGAGAUGCUGUGUGGCACAGCCUCCUCCAAACCCCCUCCACAAGAGGCUCCUCAGUAAAGGGGCAGUGUGUGACACAUCCCGGUCCCUGCGUGCAUAGGGCACCCUGCACUUGGGCUUUGCCCAUCACUGUGGUCCCUGCCUCCAGCCUGCAGUCAUGUGUCUUGUCCUGAGGGGACAAGCAUACUUGGCUCCUUUAGGCACAUGCCACAGUUGUGGUGCUCGAGGCCAGUGGUCUCUGGGAAGAAGGCAGAUGUGAUCCCUCCCGGACAAGCCUAUGCAGUGAGGAAGUGGGGCUGUUAGUCCCUGCUGCCCAAGAGCAGCUCUUCCUCUGCAAGGUGUGAAGGACCCAUGGCAGCUUUCCAGUCUUGGUCUCAGAGAGGAACCUUGCUUAGGAGGGCACCGAGGACAUGGCCCAGCCCUGGGAGCUUGAGAGCAGCAGGAGGCCAGGAAGGGUCAGGGACCAGGGUCAGGGACUGGUGUGACACAUGAUGGGCUGCAGCCUUGUGUGUCCACAGACAGAGCCCCGUGUGACAGUCCCGACCCUGCAAAGCUGAGGAUGGUGCUGAAAUGCACAGGGACACUGAUCCUCCACAGCAGCACCCUUGUGGCAUGGGGGGUGGCAGGGCUGCCCACAAACAGCACCCCCCUCAGGCCAAGUGGGUUUUUCCUGCACAGCAGCAGGACCCAGGAAAGUCAGACCAAAGAGAGGAAGGAAGGACAAACAACCCUGAGGUCAGACACAUAGAGGGGUUGUCCAGCAACAAAUGUAUUGGACCCCAAUACUGGGGCUUGGCUCAGAGCCCAACAGGAGCCAGGAGCCUCAGGAGCUCCCUGCCAGCACGGAGCACCUUUCAAUAAAGUUUUGAGGGAAGUGAAA